AUGUUGAGUCCUACGAUCCUCCUAUUUGGAGGUCUGUGCGCUGCCUUUAUAGUAACACGCUGGAUCAUCAACCUCAUCCACCACCACCAACAAUCCAAAGCCCUCAAUUGCAAAUCACCUCGUCUAGGCUCAUCCGGGUUCCUCGGCCUACCGGCCUUCUACCGCCUCACCAAAGCAGUCCGCGAAAAACGCUGGAUCGACUACCUAACCGACGAAUAUGCCACCCACGGCACGACCUACCAACAAAAGUUCCUCUCGAAAGAUCUAAUCACAACAAUCGAACCAGAAAACAUCAAGGCAAUCCUCGCAACCCAAUUCAAAGACUUUUGUCUAGGAACCCGCCACCAACAAUUCUAUCCGUUGAUGGGCGAUGGCAUCUUCACACUCGACGGCGCGGGAUGGUCGCAUGCCCGCGGUCUUUUGAGGCCCCAAUUCACGCGCGAUCAAGUCGCUGAUUUGUCGAUGCUCGAUGAUCAUAUUUCGCAUCUCAUUAACCUAAUCCCAAAGGAUAGAACCAGCUUCGAUAUCCAGCGUCUUUUCUUUCUUCUCACCCUGGACUCAGCAACGCAUUUCCUCUUCGGCGAGUCCGUGGGCUGCAUGCUUCCUCCAUCGCAAACAACGGGAGUACUCGAGAGGUCCGCUGUCGGUAGUGCACAGGGGUUCGCAGAUGCUUUCGGCACUGCGCAGGAUUAUCUUGCUGCGCGAUCGCGUGCGCAGGGAUUAUACUGGCUGGUGAACCCGAAGGAAUUCAAAGAAGCAAACGCCAAGGUUCACGAGGUUGUCGAUCAUUAUGUUAACGUUGCGCUGGAGUCUAAGCGCAAUCCGGAGAAGAGUGAUGGGCGGUAUAUCUUUCUUCAAGCUUUGGCGGCCGAUACUGAUGAUCCCAAGAUGUUGCGCGAUAACAUGUUGAAUAUUCUGCUAGCGGGACGGGAUACGACUGCCAGUUUGCUGAGUUCAACUUUCUUCUAUUUGUCGAGACACCAGGACGUGUGGAAUCGGUUGCGGAGGGAGAUUGUAGAGUUGUUUGGGGAUGCGAAGAACCCUCGUGCGGAGAUGUCUCAGGCAAAGCUUAAGGAUAUUCCUUAUUUGCGAUACGUAUUGAAUGAAGUUCUCCGUCUUCAGCCACCUGUUCCGGUCAACUUCCGCGUGUCAACAAAAGAUACCUCGCUUCCUGUUGGCGGCGGGGCGGACGGCCGCUCCCCGAUCUAUAUCAGGAAGGGCACGAUGGUUUCUUACAAUGUCUUCGCUAUGCAUCGCCGCACGGAUCUUUGGGGUGAAGAUGCAAAGACCUUCCGCCCCGAGCGCUGGGAAGAGAACGCUAAGCAUGGCUGGGAAUACCUGCCUUUCAACGGUGGGCCACGCAUAUGUCUUGGUCAACAAUAUGCGCUCACCGAGGCUAGCUACACCGUCGUUCGUCUGAUGCAGCACUUUGAUACUCUCGAGAAUGCGGACCCACACCCCCGGAUGGAGCCUAUCAAGCUCUCUAACCUGACCAUGUCGCAUGAGCUUGGGGUGCCCAUUCGGUUGUAUUCGUCGGAGAAGAUCUAG